UCACACAUGUCAUCUGCAUUGAAAACCGGUCCCCGGACCUGUCAAUCAAACCGAGUUAAGCCCCGCCCCCGCCAGCCUGCACGUCUCGCGCCAGUUGAGCGAGGCGAGUAAAUAGCGAGAGAAGCCUCAAGAUGGCGGACUCGCCAAGCUCCGUCCGCCUCGGCACCGGAGCCGCGGCGGCCGUCACCAAGCCCUCGGAGGCGAAGGGAGUCCCCGAAAACCGCCCGCAGUCUUCCCGGGACUUCAACCCACCGCCGCCCAAGAAGCCCCGAGUCGAGGAAAGGAGCGUCAAACCAAAGAAAGUCGUCCGGGAUGGAGGGCUACUGGGAGGCAACUGUAGCGGGAAAGAGAAACUCCAGCAGCCGACGAAGCAGCUGGGUCUCGCGGCCGGUUUGUGGAGCCUCAGCCCGGCCAGCGCGACCGCCGCUUUGGUCCACACAAUCGGCGGAAGCCAAGCAGCCGUCGCCACCGGGCACAAAAUCCUGAAGCAGAGUGAUUUUUUCCUCCACAAGGCGCCCAAAAGCAAGAAGCCGAGCAAGGAUAAACAGCGCGAGAAGGGAGACGUGAAAAAGAAACUAUUCGUGACGCCCGCUAACUACGACAUGAGCACAUUCAACCACAUUUCUCCAGUGAAGAGACAAAAUGGGGAUGUCACGUUGACACCAAAAGCUUCUGAGCUCCUCGACAAGGACAAGACUAAAGACCGGGAGCGAGGGGAACGUGACGAGAAGAAGAAGCACAAAGUGAUGAAUGACCUGAAGCGGGAAAAUGGCGAGGUCAAGCAGCCCGUGAAAGAUGGAGGCGUCCAAGCCAAGAUCAACUCGGAUCAGCUGCUGCAAAUCAAAAAAGUCAAGAAGAAAAAGAAGAAGAAACACAAAGAGGGAGAGAAACACAAGCGAGUGAAGAUGUACCACCGCUCGUGCCAAACCAUUUGCGCCGGCCUGGUUCUCCUCCCCCCUCCCCCGCCUCAGCGCGCCAAUUCGUCCUCCUCUGCCGACCCUGCCCAGGACGCCGCCGUGUCUCCGUUUAAAUUGCCGCUGCCCGUUUACCCGUGGCCCAGCAACAAAAGCGCCCACCUCCACCCGUCUUAUGUGAACUCCUCUCCGCACAAGGGCCCGCCACCUUCCCCGAACAAACACUCCUCUCGCUACACCCACCCCGGCCUUUCGGCCCUGGAGUUUGCCCCUUACAUCCACAUCGAGACUCAGCCAAAUGGCGGCGCUCUGGUGGCCCACGCCUACGCCUCGCAGCUGGCCUCGCUCUCACCGAGCCAGAGGCAGAGGUUCGCUCAGGAGUUUGUCACCCUGGCGUUCAGCGAGGACUCGUCGCAGACUGCACAUUACGUCAUGGGCAUCGUCCACGGAGAAGUCUCCUACAUGCCCGACUUCCUGGAUUACUUCUCCACAAAGUUCGCAUCGGCGCCGGUCAAAAUAGAGAUCCUGGGAAAGAAGGACAUCGAAACCACCACCAUGGCUCAUUUCUACUCUCAGGUGAAGAGAACCUACAGCCACGGCACCUACCGAGCUGGCGCAAUGAGACAGAUUAGCCUGGUGGGAGCCGUGGACGAGGAGGUGGGCGACUUCUUCCCAGAAUUCCUCGGCAUGCUGGAGGAGUCGCCCUUCCUGAAGCGCACGCUUCCGUGGGGAACCUUGUCCAGCUUGAGCACGAUGAGCCCCGACGAGAGCGACGACGGGCCCAUCAUGUGGGUGAGACCGGGCGAGCAGAUGAUACCCGUCGCCGACAUACCAAAGUCGCCUUUUAAAAGAAAACGCUCCACCAAUGAGGUGAAGAACCUCCUCCAGUCCCUGCCCAGGACCAGCGAGCCCCGAGAGAUGCUCUUCGAGGACCGGACGCGAGCCCACGCCGACCACAUCGGCCAAGGUUUCGAGCGUCAGACCACGGCGGCGGUGGGCGUCCUGAAGGCCGUCUGCUACAAAGAAAGUUUGGAGCCUCCUCGUGUAACCAAAGACGUCGUGUGCUUCCACGCCGCCGAUUUCCCGUACGUGGUUCAGCGGCUGCAGUUGGAUCUUUACGAACCUCCGCUCUCGCAGUGUGUGCAAUGGGUGGACGACGCCAAGCUGAACCAGCUUCGCCGGGAGGGCAUCCGCUACGCCCGCAUCCGCCUGUGUCACGACGACGUCUACUUCAUCCCGCGCAACGUGGUCCACCAGUUCAAGACGGUGUCGGCCGUCUGCAGCCUGGCCUGGCACGUCCGCUUGAGGCAGUACGAGCGGGGAAGCCGGGACGACGAGGUGAAGGGGGGAGGGGAGGAGCUGGACAUCAUGGAGGGUGAGGAAGAUGACGCAAAGGAGAGGAUCAAAGUGGAGGAGGAGGAGGAGGAGGAGGAGGGUGCAGCCAGCAACAGGACGUUGGCAACACUCGAAGAUGUUCCUCGCGCUCGUUCACCCGUUUUGUCUCCGCCGGCUCGCUCGGUGGACUCGGAAGCGAGAGCGAGCGGCAAGAAUACGAUUGGAAAGGUCGACGGGAGCCCCAAACGGGCGCAGUCGCCUCCCAUUCAAGUCAAAGCGGAACUGCCAAAAAUGAGCAAAGCCGCAUCGCCUCUUCCUCACCAUCCGGACGCGAAAUCAACCUCGACGCCUCAUCACCGCUUCCCUCGUCCUCACGCUGCGGCGAACGCCGCCGCGCCGUCUUCCAGCUCCUCCGCUUCGUCCCCAAAGACACCUUCGCCGCACCCAUCGUCCGGACGCCACACGUUGUCUUGCUCCUCCUCUUCAUCACACAGUCCCGCCCCUGACUCGCAGCCGCACCCCUCCUCGGAAUCCGCGUCUUCCCGGCUGACCCCCUCCCCUCGAAAGGACAAAGACUCGCCCGGCUUCACCCCGGAGGCGCCCCCCGAGUUCCACGCUCACCUCGGUUCCCACGGCGACGUACGGACUCGCGCGCCGGCGGAAAAGUGGACUCGCGGCGUGGACGCGAGCCCCCGGACGUUCGCGCACGUGCAGCAAUUUCCUCCCCCCAUGCUGCCUCCCCAUCACCUCCCCCAAAUGCUCCCCCACUCCUAUUCUCCACUGCUCCCUCACCCCCACCUCCCUCACGGACCCCCCCUCACCUCACACCAAAAUCUGCCCCCCUUCCUCAGUCAGGUGCCACCGCCCCACGCCGUUCACAUCGCUCAGCUGCACCUGCACCCCCCACACCCGGGGGAUGCCACCACCCAGCCCCAGCCUUACUACCCCCAAAUGCCCCUCCUCAUGUCCCCCCACCAGUACCACCCGCACGCCAAACCCUUCUACCCCUCGCACCCCUUCCUCCCCUCCCAGCCGUUCCCCCACCACCCUCCCCCCCAUUACCAGCCCGUGGCAGCGGCCCCGCCUCCCAAUCCUCCAUCUCACACCUUCGCCCCGCCUCCGCCGCCACCGCCCUCCUCUUCGGAGUCUCCGCCUCCCCCGCCACCGCCCCCUCCGCCCCCACUACCCCCGAAUCACGAGGACGAGCAGAGUUUGUAGGGUUUUGCUAUCUGAGGAUCGGAUGAAAAUGUACAGCUUUGCUCUUGGUCGUCUUGUCAAAUGACCUUUUUUACGUCAGUUUUAGAUUUGGACUUUCAUGUACGGCACCAGUUUGCCAUUUUGGAAGUCCCAUCGUGUUCAGAAAAGUGUUAGAAAACAGGUACGUCGAGUCUCAUUUUUUUGAAGGGAGACGUUUCACCGUACAACCCCCAGCUAAUGCGACUGUUUAGGAAACAGCCGGCACCUUACACAAUACUUGUCGUGGUGACAAUAUUAUGUCACACGAGAACGCCCCCCCCCCACCCCCUCUCCCGAGACGUGACUAUUUUUACAUCGAGUGUUGCCUACAGAUUCAGCUGUCGCCAUGUUGUCUUACCGGAGUGACAUCACAACUGCCCGCUGGGGUGACAGUGACCCCAAAUUGGGUGCAAUUGCUAACCCGGUGCUUGGUUCCAAAAGGGGCGGAGCCAAGGCUGGGUUCUUUAUACCCACCACAAUGAGUCGGGGAUUUGAUCCAGGAUAUUUGGUCAAGAUUUUGAUCCAACAACGGGGUCGAAAAAAAAAAAUCAAAAU